CACCUCGCAUCACGAAACGAUGCACAGGGCGUCCUUCUUGCUCCUCUUCCUUCCAUUAUGGAAACUCCCCAGAGUCGCUGCUCUACAUUCCGGCAAGUGGUGCUUCGCGGGCUGCGAGCUCGCCCUCAACUACGCCGACUUCAAUGACACCGAUGCCGGAUCCAAGAAGAUCCGCUCGUGCCAGAGCACAUUGAGAGCUACAUCGCUCUAUCUAUGUAUCGACGAGUAUUGCGAUGAGAGAGGCCGCUCAGAGUGGCUGCGGGUAUCGAACGAGACGUGUAUAGGGAUCGCGAAUGCGACGCUGCCACCGUACGAUAUCAUUGCCGGGUAUUCUCCGCAGGAGAGAGCUGAGAUCAGACGGUUGAGCGCGGAUGAGGCUCUGACGUAUCCGACGGCGGGGGAGGUCCUGAUACCUGAGGAGUCGUUCUUCGAAAGGGCGUUCACUACGCUUGAAGCUGCGUAUUUUGAAGUGGAUAUUCAUCGCGUGUAUGGCUGGUGCAUGUACUACUUCUGGGGCAUCGUCAUUGCCAUCGGCAUGGGCACACGCUUGAUCUCCCUCAUCGGCAGCAUCAGAAGGCAGGAAUGGCAAGCCAUACCUACAAGCGAGACAAGCAUCGAAGAACCACACCCCUCAAAGCGCUCUCAGCCGCCUAGUCUGGCAUACGCUCUCCUAAAGCGCUUCAUAACCGUUCCCGCAACCUUCAACAACCGCUGCUCCCAACCCCUGGGCUGGUGCACCAUACCACCACGCAUCCAGUCCCUUACCAUCCUCGCCUUCAUUGUACUCAACAUCGUCCUCUGCACCGUCAGCUACCGCGUCACGCACGGCAAUCUCUAUUGGCCACAGGAGCACAUCCAACUAUGGCGCUACGUAUCCGACCGAACCGGCGUUCUCUCGCUCGCCAACUUCCCUCUGAUAUGGCUCUUCGGCACGAGGAAUAACGUCCUGAUGUGGGUGACGGGGUGGGGCUUCGGCGCGUAUAAUAAUUUCCAUCGGUGGGUCGCGCGGGUGGCUACGGUGCAGGCAGUCGUGCAUUCCGUGGGCUACACUGUCAUGAUCUAUGAGCGCGGCGGAUGGCCCCUCUUCACCAAGUACCUAGGCAAGCACUACUUCUGGAACGGCGAACUAGCCACCAUCUUCAUGUGCUUAUUGCUCGCCUUCUCCGUCUACGGCCUCCGCCGAAGCCACUACGAGAUCUUCCUCACCACUCACAUUAUACUUUCCAUCAUCGUCCUUUUGACCAUGUACUACCACGUCGCCAUCUUCAUAGACGGCGAAUGGACCAUCUUCAUCUACCCGUGCCUCGUACUCUGGAUCCUAGACCGCGCUCUCCGCGCCCUGCGCAUUCUCUCCUUCAACCCCCAAUUCUGGAACACCAAAGCUACCGCGACAUACUCCGCAAGCUGCAACCUCGUCCGGCUCGAAGUUCCCUUUACGCAGACCAGGCUGCAGCAACCAAAGCCAGGGACGUACUACUACAUAUACGACCUCUCCAACCCGCUUUACGCGCACCAAAACCACCCCUUCACACUCGCCUUCGUCACCUCGGGCCGCGGCCGAGCGACGGAACAAGGCACCACCGCCAACACCAACGCAGAUGCAGCAGCGAUCCCGCUCCGAAGACCUAGUUCCUCCUCCUCCUCCUUUACAGGGAAUUCAGACGACUCCGCGUCCACAGAAGCCGACGCCCUCCUCUCUCCUUCCCCUUCAUCCUCUUCUCCGGGCAGAACACCAGCCCUUAUCUUCCUCAUCCGGCCCUACUCCGGCUUCACCUCGCGCCUCGCGAAACUUGCCGCCACCCACACCCACGCCCACGCCCCAUCCUCUCUCCGCAUCCUCCUCGAAGGCCCCUACGGCCCCAGCGCCCCCCUGCACCACUACCCCCACAUCCUCUUCAUCGUCGGGGGAACCGGCAUCGCCGUCCCACUCUCCCAUCUGACUCACCUCCUAUCCUCCUCCUCAGUAGCAAGUCUCCGCAUCGUGUGGGCAGUGCGCGAACACGCGUUUCUCGCCGCGGUGGUGGACGAGUUCGCCAGGGUACUGGAGGACGAGCGCGUAGUGCUAGAUGCGCAUGUCACGCGGGAUGAGGAGGGGAAGGACGAGGCGCUUGACGAGGGAGAGGGGGUGAGAGGGGUGCGCGUAGAGGCUGGCAGACCGGAUGUGGGCGCGGUGGUGGAAGAUGCGGCGAGGGAGGCGGGGUGCGAGCGGCUUGCGGUGGUGGCGUGUGGGCCGGCGCAGAUGGCGGAUCAGGCGAGGCGGGCGUGUGUGGGGGUGCUGGGGAGGGGGUAUAGGGGGGUGGAGUACUUUGAGGAGAGCUUCAAGUGGUAGCGUAGGGAGGUAGGGAGCAUUGCACACUGUUCGGCUCUCUCCUUCUUCUUCUACUCUAUACCCGGUAGCGCAAUAGAGAUGCAC